AUGAACAAUACUGAUCCAACAUCUUUUCAAAGUAUUCUUGCAGGUGUUAAAAGGUUAAGAGAACAGAAAAGUGGUACGCCAGACGUUAGCCAAUCCCAGCAAGAUGGGAAUGAUGAUAUAAAAGGUAACCAACAACGAACUGCCGCUCCUAGUCCAUCACCACGAAAAGUAAUAAAUACUUUCAAUCAACAGAGGUCUGAUCUGACACAUCUUGAAACUAAACAAGGUUCUGUCAGCAGGCCAGUACAAGGUCCAACAACAGGUAAAUCAGUUUUAGUGAACACAACACAAAAAGAGAAUCCAUUACUAAAUAGUUUGAAGAAUACUAAUUGGAGGUAUAUAUCGUCUACAGGCGGUAAGAAAAUAUAUUAUGAUUAUUUUAUCAGGAAUAGAUCGAUACUUUUUUUAACGCUAUCGUACCACAAAUUGUACCCAGACUAUAUUACGAGAAGAAUGGCCUCACUCUCUAAAAAUGAUGAUAAUAUAUUGAUUUUCGUUGUUGAUACUACUAAUUCGGAAGAAACACUAAAUGAACUUACGAAACAAUGCAUGUUCAGUGGAUUUACUUUACUUGUUGUCUUCAAUUUCGAACAGGCUGCCAAGUAUAUUGAAUAUUUGAAUUCUUGA